AACGUUUUGUUUUAAUAGUUGAACUUAAGAUAUGACGGGACUGCGUUUGUAAGAGAGUUCAUGACUAUUCAUGCAAUGUCACCCGGACGUCUUAGUGACGGUACGUUAAUGGCUGCCUCCAUGGCUGGCUGGUAGAACUUGUAAGGAUACACUAUUAUAAACUGAGCUACCUAUGUAACAGUCAAAAAAACAAAACAUGGACGGAUGGAGCUCUGUCGUUGUUUCGGAAAAUGACCGAGCCAUCUCCGACGGGGAAUGCAUGCUAGGAUACGUAGCCGGAGGUGAGACCCGGGAAGCGGCGGGCGCGGAGCCGCGGAGCUCCGCAGAAAGGAUGGAGGACGUGGGCGCAGAAGCGGCAGCAGCAUCUGUGGGGUUCGGGAUCAGUGGGAUAGGGGAAGGCAAAAUGGUGUUGGGUCGAGUCGGAUCGAGAGACGACAAAGAGCUCAGGUACCUGCACCUUUUGUGGGAGCCGGGGCGAGGUGAGUUCGACCCGGUCGCCGAAUCGAGCAGGCUGGGGAAGAUAGCGGGGAGCAGGGCCAGGAGACACCAGCGAGCCGUGCGGAACCUGGGCCCCCUGGGGAAAGACAUUUACGCUGCUAAAAGACUGAGGGAAGCUGCCAACAGCAACGACAUAGACACGGUGCGAAAGCUCCUGCAGGACGACAUCGACCCUUGUGCUGCAGACGACAAGGGCCGAACGGCUCUUCACUUCUCAUCCUGCAAUGGCAACGACAGCAUCGUGCAGCUGUUGUUGAGUUAUGGUGCCGACCCCAACCAGAGAGACAGCCUGGGAAAUACCCCUCUGCACCUGGCGGCCUGCACCAACCACGUGCCUGUAAUCACCACCCUGCUGAGAUCAGGAGCUCGCGUGGACGCCCUCGACCGCGCAGGCCGGACCCCGCUGCACCUGGCGCGCUCCAAGCUCAACAUUUUGCAGGAAGGAGAAUCGCGCAGCUUGGAGACCCUCCGAGGGGAAGUCACCCAGAUUAUCCAGAUGCUCAGAGAGUACCUGAACCUAAUGGGCCAGAGUGAGGCGAAAGAAAGACUGGAGCACAUUUCAACGCAGCUGCAGCACACACGCACCAGAGAGCAGGUGGACGAAGUGACUGAUUUACUGGCCGGUUUUACAUCGCUUAGUCUACAGAAGCAGAACCUGGAUGCUAGGUAGAAGGUUGACUGCACACAGAGCCGCCAUGCAGCUCCUUUUUCAAUAGGCAGAACCUCAAAUUGUCUGUAUUAGGCCACGAGGCCACAGGUCCAAACGGCGCACUGGGAUUGGCUGUCAGUAUUUAUUGAAGGGACUGCUGCGGACAUCAGCUUUUUAUUUUCCCCAAGACAAAAAAAAAAAGCUUUAACAACAAUGUAUCUUAUAAAGUUUCCUAAAUGGGUUUUGUUAAGUUGCUCACUUGAUACAAAACUACUGAUAUUAUGGGUAAAAUACUCUGACCUUUAAAUUCUAGAAAAAAAGUAUUGAUAAGAAUCAGAGAUACACACGUCAGAUUUCUUUCAAAGCUCUGACCUACCAUUACAAUAUGUAUUACUGUCUAGUACUAUAUUUAUUACGAGGUUUGAAUAAAUUAAAACUAUAUCUGUACGCAUAAAAUGUUUAUUGUAAAGUAAAGAAACACUCUGAAUACAGCCAAAUUCUUCUGCAUAUGUGAUAACUCACUUAUUUUUAAGCACACUUCAAAAUGUAUGUCGAAGUUUGCCAUGAAAGAUAUAACUGUUUCCCGCAAGGAAUCUGCAUUCGGUAUAAAUAGCAACUGUGUCCAACGUAGUGUUUGAAUGAGGAAAAAAAACUUUCAUUGAAUGCCAGAUAUGUCAAAUUAUUAAAUUAUUCAUACAUUUACUGUAACUAUGUACAGGACUCAAGAAGUCAGUCAUUACGCAGUUCUGUUGGAACCAGACCAACAUCGCAUCGGGUCUGUGUGUGAGAGAGACGGAGAGAGCAGUGGUGUCACGCAGCUCUGCAGUAGAACAGGAAGCCAUUAUUGUUUAAAAAAAGACGACGUUUUCACAUCCUGCGCCAGUAGUUAGUGCGGUUAGCAUUUCUAACAUGAUCAAUCUCUGUAUGUAUUUCUUGGAUGAUGCUCGCUGUAAUCUUAAGUCAGAUUUUCUGAAGACAACUAACAUUUCUAAAUUUCAGCGCUGGACAAUUCAAAAGAACAACUCUGAAUCUUCUCUCAAUAACGGCUACUACACCGAAGAGGGUCGAUAGCAUGACCUGUUGGCAUGGUCGGCUAAUUGAUCGGAAAAAAGGUUAGAUUUUAAGUUUGGUCGUAAUGCUUGGCUGGAGACGUCUUGUCAGUUCUGGUCACCAGUUUUUGGUGCAUCUUUGAGAAAAUGUUCAUCUUUCAAACAACGGGCAAAAAACCUCUAAAGUCUGGUGGAACUAUGACUUUACUGUGUGGACUGAUUUACAUGUUCUCUUUUUGCCUAACUCAUUAAUAAUUACAGUAAUUACAGUGGUUUGACAGUUCAACUGGUGUAACUUUAAUUUUCUUGUCAAAGUGUCUUUGUUUUAUUGCCUUAUUUCUUUUUUUUAACUCUACAUAAUGACUCUGUGAACCGUGUUGUAAAGAAUAUUUGAAAUUCAGUAUGAACCAAUAAAUCUGUACGUUGGCUAUGA